AUGACACGACACUCUAUCGGCAGUCUCGUCUCGGCUCUUGGAGGCGAUCGAGCCCGUGUCGACGAAGAGCCGCCUAGAACUGGCACUCCCCCCACGCAAAGAGCCGACCAAGCGCGGCGUCUGAGGAGCAGAGGGGACCCUGCGACGGCGGCUGCCCUGCUGCCCGCUGCUCUGGGCGACGCAGGGAUCCGUCGGGCUGUGGGACUAGGCUAGCUACUGAGACUUGGCACGUCUGAUCGGCCGAGCACCCAGGCACCAGCCGAAAGAAAAAAACGAGCCCUAAAGCUUUCCCCCCCAUACAAACUCUAUAGCAAAAAGCAUCAAUCUCAAUCAAAACAAACCCGAUUCGCGAUGCCUCAGCACCAUUCUACGCCUAAAAAAGCAUUAAUUACCUAGAAUCUUGACUGCCCAUUAAAUUGCAUAGAAAAAG